AUGGCAGCUGAUGAAGGUGCUGAUGGGGGAAUGAAUGAUGCUGCACAAGUCAGGUUAAGGGAGUAUAAGUCGUGGACGGAACUACAUGAUGCAUUUUUCAUCGAGUGCAUGCUAGACCUGGUUCACUCAAAGGAAUGUUUUGGCUGGGAUGAGUCUAAGAAGAUCAUUGUUGCUGAUGAUGAUGUUUUCAAGGAAUGGGUGAAGAGCCAUCAACAUUUUUCUGGCCUGAACAAGACAGCUUUUAUAUACUAUGACCAGCUUGCUAGAGUAUUUGGCAAGGAUAGGGCAGUAGGUGGUCAAGCAAGGUCUGCAGCUGAUAUGGAGUUCGAGGCUCCUGUUCGAAGGGGUAGGAGUGAGGACCCCAUCAUCUACGAUGACGAAACAAGUCAACGUGUGCUGGAGGAGAUGAUAAAUGAAGGUAUUAAUCAUAGGGAGUUGCUGGAAGAUCCAGAACCUGUUCGUGCAAAGACAACAAAUGCAACCGGAAGCAACAAAAGAUCAAAGAUUGAUAGGAGUUCAAAAAGUAGCAGCGUUGUCGUGGCUUCUGAAAUAGAAAAAAUGUGUCCUCUCAUGGAGAAGGCUACCAUGAACAUUGAGAGGAUGGCGAAUAGCUUCUGCCAUGAAGAUCCUUUGAUGAUAAGGAGAGGAACCUUGUUUGAGGAGUUGUCACAGUUAGAAGGCUUGUCACAAGAUCAAGUGAUAUCAGCUGCCAUGAUUCUUAUGAAGGAGGAUGGGAUCGCCCAAUUGUACUUCCAACUGUCUACGGAUGAAGAGAAGGUUCACUUCCUCUUUCGCCUCAUCAACUGA